UUUUUAGAUCUCGAUCUCACUUCUACAAGGAAGGACUAAGAACUGAGAAAGAAAUGGAAGUCAAGGGCUUUUUAAGAAAGAAUUUAUCCUCUUGGGAAGCAUGAAGUGUCUGGGACCCAACAUCUGUGCCUGGACUGAUUUCAUACCAUAGGAUGUUCUCAGCUUAUUCUGUGGUGGGGCUUUUACAGUCUUCCAUAUCUGGUGGCCCAUCAUGCUGAGACKAACCCACUGUUAAACUGAAGUUGACAGAUAAAGCAAUGAGAAGUGGCAUUUUUUGUGGGAUCAGCUUAUCUUUCAGCCUGGUGUCUACCUGUUUGCUGUGUAUAUCAACUGGAGAGCCAUGUGAGAUCAAAAAUAAAAUGGCUGAUUGCAGUCACAGAAAACUGACUCAAGUUCCUUCUGAUCUCCCAGAGGAUAUAAUGGGCUUGGACAUUUCUCAUAAUCAGAUAAAAAUGCUGUCUCCUGUGAAUCUCACCCGCUACAACCAGUUGGUUUAUUUGAAUGCAGGGUACAACAGCAUUUCCAAGCUGCAACCAAAGUUAUGUCAGAAUGUGCCUCUGUUGCAGGUUUUGAGGUUAGAACAUAAUCAGUUGCAUGAACUUUCUGACAAAGUCUUUGCUUCCUGCACCAACUUGACUGAGCUCAAUUUAGGAUAUAACAUAAUAGAAAUUAAAAAUAAUCCUUUCCAAACCUUGAAGAACUUGGAUACUUUGGAUCUAUCUCAUAAUAAUUUGAAGUCAGCAAAUCUAGGAUCACAAGAACAGCUGAAGAGCCUUCAUGAGCUUGUGUUAUCUAGAAAUAAGAUCAGUGAACUGAAAAAGGAAGACUUCUAUUUUCUUAGAAGUACUUCCUUGAGUAAGCUUGACUUGUCCUCAAACCCACUGAAAGAGUUUCAUACAGGAUGUUUACGUGCAAUUGGAAAACUGUAUGGCCUCGUGCUGGACAAUGUUGAGCUUGGUGAAAAUUGCACAAGGAAACUUUGUACGGAAUUAUCAGACACAGCAAUUCAGAAACUCUCCCUCUGCCAAGUGAAGCUUUCAAGUGUUGGCAAGUUAACUUUCCAGGGACUACAAGGAACAAAUCUUACUGUUUUAAAUAUUUCCAAAAACUCUCUGUCCAUCUUAGAAGCUGACUCCUUUCAAUGGCUUUCAAAAUUAGAAUAUUUGAACUUGGCAGAUAAUAAGAUUACUGAUGUGACUUCUCGAUCACUUUAUGGAUUGUCCAAUGUCAAAUAUCUGAAUCUGAAAAAUUCUCUUACUGGGAAAAUUGAAGAUUUUUCCUUUCGUUGGCUUCAGCACUUGGAAUACCUUAUAAUGGACAAUAACAAUUUUCCAGGAAUUACUGCUAAUAUGUUCACAGGCCUGAACAGCCUGAAAUAUCUGAGUCUUUGUAACUGCAACAUAAACUUACAAAGAAUAACCAAUAAAACAUUUUCAUCAYUUGCUAAUUCCAGUUUGCAGGUUCUCAACCUCACAAAAACCAGAAUUUCUACAAUAGAAAGUGGAGCAUUUUCUUACUUGAGACACCUGAARGUUCUUGAUCUUGGCCUCAAUGAAAUUAGCCAGGAGCUCACAGGUCAUGAAUUUAAAGGUCUUGAUAAUAUACAAACAAUUUACCUUUCCUAUAACAAAAACUUGAUUUUGCAAAGUGAAUCAUUCACUUUUGUACCAAGCCUUAAAAAACUGAUGCUGAGAAAGGUAGGUUGCAGCAGUYUGGCAAUUUCUCCUUCACCCUUUCACCCUCUACAAAAUCUGACAGUCCUGGACAUCAGCAACAACAACAUAGCAAACAUAAAAGAUGACUUAUUUGAUGGACUUCACAAACUUGAUAUUCUUGAUUUGCAGCACAAUAAUUUAGCUCGGCUUUGGAAACAUGCAAAUCCAGGUGGCCCUGUGCUUUUUUUAAAAGAUCUUCCCAAACUGCGUAUUCUUAACUUAAAAUCAAAUGGGUUUGAUGAGAUUCCAGUUCAGGUCUUCAAGGGUUUGUUUCAGCUAAAUGAUUUGGAUUUGGGAUCAAAUAAUUUGAAUUUGCUUCCAGCAACUGUAUUUGAUGACCAAGUUUCUCUGAAUUCAUUGAACCUUCAGAAAAAUCUAAUAACCUCUGUUGAAGAAAAAGUGUUUGGCCCAGCUUUUAAGAGCUUGAGGAUACUGGAGAUGGAUUUUAAUCCAUUUGAUUGCACCUGUGAAAGUAUUGCUUGGUUUGUUGGGUGGCUUAAUGUGACCCGGACAUAUAUACCUGGACUGCAAAACCGUUACCUUUGCAACACUCCACCUAAAUAUCAUGGUAGUCUGGUAUUGCAUUUUGAUAGUGCAGCGUGUAAAGACAGUGCUCCAUUUCAACUACUUUUUGUGAUUACUACUACUUUAGUAAUGCUGCUCAUCUUUAUUGUUCUUCUCAUCCAUUUUGAAGGUUGGAGAAUAGCUUUUUACUGGAAUAUUUCAGUAAAUCGAGUACUUGGUUUUAAAGAAAUUGACAGACAGCCGGAAGAGUUUGCUUUUGAUGCCUAUGUUAUUCACGCAAAAAGGGACAAGGAUUGGGUGUCUGAGAACUUCAUUUCUUUGGAAGAAAAUAAUGAGUUYUGUGUUAAGUUCUGUUUAGAAGAACGGGAUUUUGAAGCAGGCAUAUCUGAAUUUGAAGCCACAAUUCAGAGUAUAAGAAGGAGCAGGAAGAUUAUUUUUAUUGUGACUGAACAUCUUUUGAAGGAUCCCUGGUGCAAGAGGUUUAAGAUAUAUCAUGCGGUUCAGCAAGCUAUUGAACAAUGUCGUGACUCCAUUAUAUUGAUCUUUCUUGAUGAUAUCCCAGACUACAAGUUGAAUCAURCACUUUCCUUGAGAAGAGGAAUGUUCAGAUCUCGCUGCAUUUUGAACUGGCCAGUUCAAGAAGAACGAGUCAAUGCAUUUCAUCAGCAGUUAAUGAUGGCACUUAAGUCUAAUAGUAAAGUGAACUGAAUUUUGAAAAUAUAAACUUGAAAUCAUGGAGCCCUUUUGUGCGUGUUCUGCAAUUAGAAAAGCCUUGGCCAGGGGGAAAGGAAAAAACAAUUGCUUAUAUUAGAAAAAUAUAUAAUCAUUACUGUAACAUUUUACUUUUCCAGACUUACAUUCUUGCUGAUAUUUUGAUUCACUGUGCUGAAAUGACAUAUUUAAAUGGACCGUGAUUGAUAGUCAUCUCAGUCUGUAUCAAAAAAWGCAGAAUUAAGAAGCAUGAAAAUCACUGAAGUCCUAGAAGUAAUGAAAAAAAAAAAAAAAUUGUCUCAAAAUAAACCAAAGUGAAUGCAGUAAUAAGAUAACAAAUGUUGUGGAGAAGGUAGAAUGGACCCUAUUCUGCUUAUCUCAGGAAAAUGACAGGAGAAACAGUGAAAUAGAUUGAAAAACUUUCCAUAUGAAACUGUAAAUUAUAUGGAUAUUACUUUUAGAGGUAAAGGCAAGAAUUCAGCAAAACUUUAUUUAAAAAAAACCUUUGAGAGAAACAAAGAAACUUUACCCUGGGAACAUACUGUUCAGAACAUGCGGUGAAGGGUUACUUAAGCCUUUUUAAUGGGAUUAGGA